CUGCCCUAUAUAAAAUUUCAUAGCUUCGCCGUCUUCAUUCACUGCCCUCUCCAUCCCUCCUUCCUGCCUCCCCGUGAAGCGGAAAAACCCUUCGUUCUCGAGGCUUCCCUCCUCGAAUCUCCGGCGAGAAUGGCUCUGCCGAACCAGCAGCAAGUUGAUUACCCGAGCUUCAAGCUCGUUAUUGUUGGCGAUGGAGGAACUGGGAAAACUACAUUCGUGAAGAGGCAUCUGACUGGAGAGUUUGAGAAGAAAUAUGAGCCAACCAUUGGUGUGGAAGUACAUCCAUUGGAUUUCACCACCAACUGUGGGAAGAUCAGGUUCUACUGCUGGGACACAGCUGGGCAAGAGAAAUUUGGUGGGCUCAGAGAUGGAUACUACAUACAUGGUCAAUGUGCCAUUAUCAUGUUUGAUGUUACAGCUAGAUUAACCUACAAGAAUGUUCCUACAUGGCAUCGUGAUCUCUGCAGGCUGAUGUUUUCUUAUUACUUUGUUCCCAGGGUUUGUGAAAAUAUACCCAUUGUCCUGUGCGGAAACAAGGUUGAUGUGAAGAACAGACAGGUCAAGGCCAAGCAGGUUACUUUCCACAGGAAGAAGAACCUCCAGUACUAUGAAAUUUCUGCCAAGAGCAACUACAACUUCGAAAAGCCUUUCCUCUACCUAGCCCGCAAGCUUGCUGGGGAUCCUAAUCUUCACUUUGUGGAGGCUGUUGCCCUGCGGCCACCAGAAGUACAGAUUGACAUGGCUACUCAGCAACAGCAUGAAGCUGAACUCGCCCAAGCUGCCAACCAACCUCUUCCCGACGACGACGAUGAUGCAUUCGAUUAAAGUGUUGCACCCUCAAAGCUUGAUCAUCCCUCAUGCUGGUUCUCGCUUGUGCCUGGGGUGCUAUGUCUUGGUCAUCUCCUGAGUUUCUCUCUUUCAUGAUGGGAUGUGCCCAUUUGUAUUUGCAGGUUCAACUAUCCUGAGAACCUUUCUAAAGACAAACUAGUAGUAGAGUUCUGUUUGAGCAAGUGGUGCACUUUUUUUUCUGUGGUAGAGUGGAACUUGUGGUUUCGUAUUUGUUGGUUUUGGGUUUAUGGUGAUGUUUUGUUGGAUAUCUGAAUUUUUUGGAACCGGUAUGAUUGGAAAGACGGAGCUGAGUGUUUGCCAUAAUUUUCCUAUUCGUUUCUCUCGAAGCAUUGAAUCUAUUGUGAUCAGAUGCUCUGUAUUCCGAUCCUUUUGCGAUUGUCAAGUAGAUCGGCAUCCUGCAAGUCACACAUUCAAGAACGUUCUUACAAAUCCACAAUGAUCUUCCCUCU